UCUUCCUGGUUGAUGUGGACACCGGAGAGCUGCUGGGUGAGGUCUGUUGUUGUGGCAGAGUAAAUAAUGGAGAAAAAUAGGAAAGUUGAGGCGGAAAAGCCACGGGACUUAUCGAGUUAGUUCGGUUUUCAAAACAUGUGUUAUCCCGGACUUUAAGACGUUUCUCCCGGAGCUUCCCUCUCAUUCCUCCAGUGAGUGUAGCGGUGUUUAGCCCUCUGUUGGCGGUUAGCUGCUAACGCUACAUGCCAGUGCACUGCACCUGCCACUAGCUUCUUUGUCUCACUUAUGUCGGUUUAUUCAGUUUCUAUUGUCUCUUUGUUACUUAAACUUCUAGACAAACAAGUUGGCUAUUAAUUCUGCUCACGUCUUCAAUGUGGAAGUCGUCUCUAUCCGACAACAAGCAGCACCGCCACAGCUAACGACCAACAAAGAAGAUGAGGAGACAUGAACUCUGAGUGUGUCCCACUGCAAACUUCUCAACCCAAAUAGUCAACUCGUCUUGAAAGAAAGAAGAAAUGGCGUCCUCCAAAGCAAAGGUGGGAGUCAACAUUGAGACAAACCUACUGAAGGAAAGUAAGAGCAGCAGUUCGGCUGGAGAACCAUCCCUAAAUAACAGGACAUACAGCCUGGAUGACCUGGAGACCCUGGCCACAGUGGGCACCGGGACUUUUGGCCGAGUGUUCCUUGUGAAGGACAAGCAGAGCCGGGCUUUCUUCGCCCUGAAGCAGAUGAAGAUCCCCGACGUGAUCCGGCUGAAGCAGGAGCAGCACGUCCACAACGAGAAGGAGGUGCUGACGGAGGUCAACCACCCCUUCCUCAUCCGCCUCUUCUGGACCCACCACGACGAGCGCUUCCUGUACAUGCUGAUGGACUUCGUGCCUGGCGGGGAGCUGUUCAGCUUCCUGCGCAGCCGCGGACGCUUCAGCAACGCCACGGGACUCUUCUACAGCGCCGAGAUCGUGUGCGCCAUCGAGUACCUCCACUCCAAAGAGAUCGUGUACCGGGACCUGAAGCCCGAGAACAUCCUGCUGGACAGCGAAGGACACAUCCGCCUCACAGACUUCGGAUUCGCUAAGAAGCUCUCUGACAGGACCUGGACUCUGUGUGGGACUCCGGAGUACCUGGCUCCUGAGGUCAUCCAGAGCAAAGGUCACGGCCGGGCGGUGGACUGGUGGGCUCUGGGCAUUCUCAUCUUUGAGAUGCUGGCUGGGUACCCGCCAUUCUUUGAUGACAAUCCGUUCGGAAUCUACCAGAAGAUCCUGGCCGGGAAACUGGAAUUCCCUCGCCAUCUGGAAUUCUAUGUCAAAGACCUCAUCAAGAAGUUCCUGGUCAUUGACCGAGCCAGACGGCUGGGCAACAUGAAGAACGGAGCGGAUGAUGUGAAGAAACACCGCUGGUUUAAGACCGUGGACUGGGAGGGAGUUCCUGUGAGGAAACUGAAGCCUCCCAUCGUUCCCAAAGUGUCCCACGAGGGCGACACCUCCAACUUCGACGUGUACCCGGAGGACGAGUGGAAGAAAGACCCCCCCGUGCCUCAGAAGGACCUGGACGUCUUCAAGAGCUUCUGACCCCUGAGCCUUGCUUAAUUUAUUGAUGGAAUAUCACUAAGCAUACUUAACGUCUUACAGCCGCUAUCAUGGAGAGAAUCCUUAUUUAUCAAAGGCGGGGGUCCCAUUUAACCUGUUAUAACAAUAUGGCCUUCCUAAAGACAACCUCCUGAUGCUGUGUAGAGAUGAUUAGCUUUUUAUACUUUUAUUUAUCCGGCUUAAGUCGAGCCUUUGCAUUUUUUUAUUUCUCUGAGCCUGCUCAUAUGCAAAAAAGAACGUGGUUCCUUUAAAACCAAAAGACUGUUACUUUAUAUUUUAAAAAAGGAGAAUUUUCAGGUCUUUUUUUACAUGUUUUAUAUGUUUUUAUGAUGUCCACGCAGUCAUAUUUAAUGUGACUCAGGACUGGUGCUGUCAGCUGGCCAGUAGUCAUUCAUGUGCUUUAAGACUUCCUCUACUGUAUGGGAGUCAGACACUUUAUUUGAAGUUUCGCAGCACUUGUAAAAAGGUGCAUGAUGUCUCGCGUAAUGCUCACUUUAUGAACGUCACAUGAGCGGCCAUGUUUUUCCUGCUCUGUUAUUUCCCGCUGCAGCUUCAGUCAUUAGCACAGCUGUUCCACACAUGAACUGCACACUUUCCCAUGGCUGUCACGCUCCUUCUCUUCUCUAUCAGCAUCAUCAUUAUCAAUGUUGUCAUGCUUUAAACACCGAGUUAUGCGAGGUGACAGGUGCAAACACAGUACAGUCAGUAUUCAUCAGUGCAGUGUGCAGAAGCAGGACAAUACUGGCCUUAAUUGAGAAGACGUCAUGUGAUUCUGUUCGCUGCCAUUAAAAUACAAGUGAUGAUGUGA